AUGGGAAGGCCAGUGACAGCAUCGCUCGUGCUGUGCUUGAUCUCUCUGGCGACGUGUUCACUCUCGACGCGCGCCGAUGGCCUCUGGCGAGGUCUAGAGCAGGCGGCCAUGCGCGGCCGCCUCCUCGCCGACGCGGCGGCGCCGGGAGGCGGGGUCGUGCCGAUUCACAUGUGGGGAGAUGGCUACGUGGCGAACAUCACCAUUGGGACGCCGCCGCAGCCGGCGUCGGCGAUCAUCGACAUCAACGGGUACUCGGUCUGGACGCAGUGCAAGCAGUGCAGCAGCUGCUUCAAGCAGGAGCUGCCGCUGUUCGACCGGUCGGCGUCGUCCACCUUCAAGCCGGAGCCGUGCAGCUCGGCCCGGUGCAAGUCCGUCCCGACGGCCAAGUGCACCGGCGAUGGCAUGUGCGGCUACGAGGACGAGUACACCUCCGGGAUCGGCGGCACCGACACCUUCACCAUCGGGACAGCCACGGCGAGCCUCGCCUUCGGGUGCGUCUUGGCGAGCGACUACAACACCCUGGGUGGGCCUUCCGGGUUCAUCGGGCUCGGGAGGGCGCCAUGGUCGCUCGUCUCGCAGAUGAACCUCACCAGGUUCUCAUACUGCCUGGCGCCACACGAAACUGGGAAGAACAGCAAGCUGUUCCUCGGCUCCUCCGCAAAACUCGCCGCCGGCGGCAAUGGCACCUCGACGCCGUUCGUCAAGACACCUCCCGACGAUUACUUCAGCGAUUACAUGCUCCAGUUGGAAGGGAUAAAUGCCGGCGACGUGGCCUACAAGCCUCAGAACGACAGCACUGUCAUCGUCAGUACCUUUUGGCCGGUCAGCUUCCUGGUCGACAGCGCGUACCAGGCCAUCGAGAAGGCAGUGACGGCUGCCCUCGGUGCACCGAUGGAGAAGCCACCGAAACCAUUCGAUCUCUGCUUCAAGAAAGCAAAGAUCAGCGAUGCUCCGGACGUCGUGUUCAUGUUCCAGGGCGGCGCCGCAUUGACGGUGCCGCCGUCGAAAUACCUGCUCGGGAACAACACGGCGUGCCUGUCGAUCUGGCGCUCGGCCCGGCUGAACCUGACUGAUGGGAUCAGCAUCCUGGGGAGCUUCCAGCAAGAGAACACCCACCUCCUCUUCGACCUCAAGGAGGGGACUCUCUCCUUCGAACCUGCAGAUUGCAGCUCCCUCAACUAA